CUCCCCUCCCCUCCCCUUCGCAGCUUCGCUGCCCUGCUUUCCUCGUCUUUUUCGUUCUCCCCCCAUGUCUCUGCUUCACCUCCCCUGCUCCCAACUACCCCUUCCCCUCUCCUCCUCCUCUUCUCCUCCCCUCCCCCUCUUUCGGCCGAUCUGUUUUUAUUCUUCUCGCCCCAAACCGAAACCCCAAAACCUCCCCGCGAGGGACCGAGUCAUAGACUUCGGCAAGCACAAGGGCCGAAUGCUUGGCUCCCUCCCCUCCAACUACCUCCUCUGGGUCUCGAAGAACCUCCGCGCCCGCAACUUCGAGCACUGGGCCCGCCUCGCCGACGAGGUCCUCCGCGACCCCGUGUACCGCGACCGCAUCGAGUGGGAGUCGGCGGAGCGCAUCCUCAACGGCGACGGCCGCCGGGGCUCCUCCGAAUCCCCUGUCUCCGAUCUCCUCGACAUCAGCGAGAGGUUCGGGUGGGACAACGAGGAUAAGGCCAGCUGGGCCCGCGUCGACUUCCAGCUCCUGGGGACUUCCAUGGGCGGAAGGAUCCCCCGGGUCAAUGAGGGCGGGCAGGUCAAGCCAGAAGGGGAUCGGAGAUCGAAGCAAGAGAGCAAAGGUGGAAUUUUUAGCAGAGAUUUGAAGGAAAAAGCGAGGGAACAGAAGAAAUAUGGAAUCUUUAGUAGCGAUCCGAAGGCUUCGAGGAGUGGCAAGAUGGGUUCUUUGGAGAAGGAAAUGGGUUCUUCCGGGAGGGAUUGGAGAUGUAUGGAAGUGAGAAAAGAUGGAAUUUUCGGUGAAGAUUUUAAGGUAAAGAGCGUGGGGAUUGGAAGCGAGGAGGAGAUGGGAACUGGAAUGCGUGAUGGGAGCAUAGGAAAUGCAAGAAAGGUGGGAUUUUUGAGCAAGGGGCAUAGGUUUGUACUUGGGGAGGAGGAGAGUGAGGGGGAUGAGGAGUUGAAGGUGAGGAGGAGGAGAGCAGAGAGGAUGGAGAGAAGAAGGAUGAAGAGGGAACAGCAGGUGAGGAAUUUGAGGCGGGAAGUGGGAGUGGAGGAAGGGAGUGGAGGAAGGGAAGGGGUUUUUGUGAAGAAGAUUGAGGCUGUGGGGAGUGCGGUGUCGGCGAAUCCCUUUCCCGGGCGUGGAGUUUUUCUGGACAAGAUCAAUGAACAAAGAGAUUGAUCCCGUUUUGCCUCCCGAUUAGCCCGAUUACAUUUGCUUCUCAUCUUGUACUCAAAACAGAGAGAGAGAGGGAGAGAGCUUUUGAGCCUUCCUCCGUCUUCUUUUAUUCUGUUUGGCAUAAUUUGGUAGGCCAGCAUUUGGCAUAUGCAAGUAUUUCCGCGAUGCUUGAAUUUUAAUAAUAUUAGCAAUAAAUUUUAGAUUUAGAUGAUCA